CCUACUUCGUUGACCCGAAUGUAUAGCAGUCCUUCAUAAUCAAUCCACAGCCUCUUUGUUCGCUCUAAUUAGCUGUUCGGUUGAUUUCUGAAUUGUAAAGGUUUGGUUGAUCCUCCAAAUCUUAUUCGUAAAGCACUGAAUUCCUCCGUUUCAAACAGCUAGUACGUAAAUCCAGACACAUGUCACUUAAUUUCAAGAUCAUUGGCCACCCAAAUGCAAAUGAUGAGCACCCAUCCGAGGGAUUGUGCCCCCGCUUUCCGCCCGCCGACAUCAUAUCCGAGAACGUUCCCUCUCCCAUCCCCCGAACGAUUCAUAUUCAGACUGGCAGUGUGGAGUCUGAUGAAAUUUGCCGUCGCUUUUCACUCUCUGAGAUAAGAAGGGCCACAAACAACUUCGAUGAUUACCUGGUUAUUGGACAAGGUGGGUUCGGCAAGGUCUACAAGGGAUUAUUCGUCGACUACGGGAGGCCCAUUGUCGCCAUCAAGCGAUUGAAUGCCGAGUCUGUGCAGGGUGCAGGAGAGUUUUGGGCGGAGAUCGUGACGCUUUCCAAGCUCCGCCAUGGAAAUCUUGUCAAUUUGAUCGGCUACUGUGAUGAGUGCCAGGAGAUGAUACUCGUCUACGAGUACAUAGCCAAUGGAACGCUCGCCUAUCAUCUCUACCGAAAACGACAGGGUAGUAAUGACUACAUUUAUCAUCCUUUGAGUUGGGAGCAGAGGCUGAAGAUUUGCAUCGGAGCUGCACGCGGAUUGGAUUAUCUUCACUCGGACAGCGAGCAGAGUGUGAUCCACAGGGACGUGAAGACCGCAAACAUUCUGCUGGACGAGAAUUGGGCAGCUAAGAUUUCGGAUUUUGGGUUGUCCAAGAUGUGCGCCACAACCCAUACACAAACCCAUAUUACCACCGAUAUUAAGGGAACAUUUGGUUAUGUUGAUCCAGAGUAUUUCUUCACUCAUCGGCUAACUAAGAAGUCAGACGUCUAUGCCUUUGGCGUGGUGUUGCUUGAAGUGUUAUGUGCAAGACCACCUGUGGAAAGAGUCGAGGAGGAGCAAUUUCGCAGUCUUUCCGAAUGGGCUCAGCAAUGCAUUAAGAAGAGAAAGUUUGAUCAGAUCAUCGACCCCUAUUUAAGAGGGGAAAUAUCACCAUCUUCUCUAAAAUUAUUUGCCGAUCUUGCUGUCAAAUGCUUACAUAAGUGUCCGAAAGAGAGGCCUGCGAUGGAUCAAUUAGCUGAAAGACUCGAGUUUGCAUUAGCAUUACAAAGGCGUCAACCAAAGGCAAUAAUCACCAACUAUUUCUCAAAGGUAAUUAAAGGACUUGGGGUUAGUCUUGGAUUUUGGAUAUGGAAACGCUAUUGUUCUAACAGUGGAUUGUUUCUGCGAUUUUGGAGAGACCCCAUACUCGGCGGUAAGACCGUGAAACAAUACCGUCGAUUUUCACUAGAAAAUAUUCAAGCGGCCACAAACAAUUUCCACGACCAUCUCGUGAUGAGUCACAGCAGUUAUUACAGUGAUUAUAAAGGCCUUAUCGACAGCGGCAAUCUUGAAGUCGCAAUUAGAAGGUGGAAAGAUGGUGCAUCUAAUGACAACAACUUGGGCCAAUGUAGGGCUGACAUCCUGGUCCAAUCCCAGCUUCGACACCUCCAUAUCGUUUCUUUAAUUGGAUACUGCAAGGACAAGCGUGAGAUCAUUCUUGUCUACGCGCGAUUACAUGUCUAACGGGUCGCUUCACCAUCAUCUCCAUCAUAACAGAACAGCUCCUCUUCCCUGGGAGAAGCGUCUAGACAUUUGCAUCGAUGCUGCCCGCGGACUGCAAUACCUCCAUGCUGGUACCAAGUUGAGAAUCAUCCACAACAACCUCAAAUCAUCCAACAUUCUCUUGGACGACAACUGGGUUGCCAAAAUUUCAAGUUUCGAGUUCUCCGCUGUGCUACCCGAGAACGAACCCAGCACAGCCUGCAAUCUGUUCGUCACAAACGACAACAUGAAUUGCGCGGAUCCAGAAUGCCUAGCAACAGGGAAAUUAACUACAAAAUCCGAUGUGUACUACUUCGGUGUGAUCUUACUGGAAAUACUAUGCGGUCGGAAACAGCUGUUCCUUUCCGAAGACGAUGAUCAGAUCAGUUUAGUCCGAUGGUUCCAAGCCAACAUGGAAAGCAAUACUGUCGACCGGAUCGUCGAUGGAAGUCUGAUUAACAAAAUAGCGCCGGAGUGCUUGGAAGAAUACGUCAAUCUUGCGUCGUACUGCGUGCGUGACAAAGGGAUUGAACGGCCGUCGAUGGACGACGUGCUGGGUAGUCUUUGGUGUGCUCGGCAGCUGCAAGAGACGUGGCGAAAUCUUAACCGGCCAAGGGCGGAGGUCCCCGCAGAUGAGGCCCCCCAACGAAGCAGCAUUAAUAGGGAUGGAAUGAUUAGUUAUACGAGUUUAGAUGAAUCUGAUUACUGUUCAGGAAAUCUAGCGAGAUAGAUAGCACCAUGUUCACGUUGGUAAGAAAUUAAUGUAAAUUUUGAAGGUUUGCCUCGAAUAAAUCUCCGAUUCAGGUGGAAGUAGUCACAGUGUCAAGCAUCUUAAAUUAGAUAAGUAAUUUUAUUUAAUUAUAAUUUCUUAUUAUUUAAGACAUAAAAUCUGUAAUAUCAAACUCGAUUAUUUUUAUUGAGUUAUCCGUCCACUUAAUCUAUAAAUAAGAGGCAGGGGGCAAUCGUUUGGCA